AUACUUUCACUGUUUUUUCGGCCAGUGAAGCGUAAGAAAGCAGUCAAAAUUGGUGCAGGAACACGUCGUGCUUGUCUAGAGCGUAAUCAGUCUGAAGUAGUCAUUAAUGCUGGUGAUCAAUUGACACCUGAAGAAGCUGAAGUCAUAGCUUCUGUCUGUGAUGAUGAGGACGACAUUUUUGAUGAAAGCCAGUCAGUCCAUGACUCACAUGUAGCAAAUACUGUGCGAGUCAAGGCUAUUGAAGCUAUGGGUGCUCUAGGAGUUGAAGUCUCAGCUUCUGAGCUUCGGGAGGCAGAAAUGGUCAUGUACAAGAUUGCUGGGCUUGCAAAGAGAGUCAAUGAUACAGCUCAUCUGAAGGCCGAAUUCGAGAUUCUGGUUGAUGCAGCUGCUAAGGAUCCAAAUUCACCAAUAACUGGUGAAAAGCGAAGUCUUGACCGGCGUGUUUCAACUAGAUGGAACUCAGAUCUUGCUUGCCUCGAUGCAUACUUCCUAUUGUACUGUAUUAUUGAGAAGCUAACUGGUGUUAGAGACCAUAAGCUUCAGGGCUUUAUUCUCACUGAUAAUCAACGGCAUCUUGCUGAAGAACUUAGGGAUAUUCUCUUAGUUGUUGAGGGACCAACUCAGCUUUUCUCUCAAGCAGAGGUCCCUCUAAUUGCAGAGGUUAUACCUAUGUUCUUGGUAAUUCAACAAGCUCUCAAGAAAGCAAGUGAUGAUGACAAGUUACUCCCAAUUCUUCGGAUCUCAGCUUAUGCUGGACUCCUUGUCUGUAAGAAGUACUAUGCUCUUACAGAUGAGUGUGAAGCCUAUUAUAUUGCAAUAGUAAUGUCUCCGGACAAGAAGCUUAGCUGGUUCAUUACAAAUGGAUUCACUAUGGCUGAAGUUCAAGAAAUUCGGAAAAUGGCUAUUACAAGAUGGGAAGAAUCAUACAAGAAGUAUCAAUGUACCUUUUCUCAAGCAGUAACUCUCCAAAAUAACCAAAAUAUAGUAAGAUUUUCUUAA